UUUCAACUACUACCAGAAUGCACCGCGCGGCGCACAUAUGAGCUCGUCCGCGUUCUUAAAACUUCGGAUGAUCUGGGAUCAGAUUUAAUAUUCGCGCGCAACCGACGCAACAGGCGAAACGGGAGCGCGUACAAUGAUCUCAGGUUACCGUCACUGUACUGUCCCAAUCAAACAACAACUCAAACCAGCCUUAGAUGGUUUAUUGGUCUCCACACCUGGAGCCCAUACUACAUCGCCAUGCUUCCAGAUAUAAAGUGGACUUGCAUGCUCCCGUGGUUUCCUGUAAACCACAUGACUGAAACAACUUGUUCAGACUUGCUUCCCCUCCAGCAAUUUCAGGACUGUACUCAAGAAGUUCUGGGGCUGUUUGUGACUCCUGGACCUUUCGGUGGAAGUUUCAGUCCUGUUCCAGAGUAUCAUUGCUCAGCUCAUUCCUCUGAAAAAGACCCUGAUUGGUUCUCCUUCCUCUGUGUCACCUCUACUCUCGAACAACAACCCCUUUCUGGGACUCUUCUACAAUGGCGGGACAGUCUCUCCAAAGCCCAUUCCAUCAUUGCAAGCUCUGCAGAUGACAGCUCCUGUACCUCCCAUUAUCUACCGCCAGGGGGACCCAAUAUUCACCAAAGAUGACUAACACUUCACCAUCCCACAGAACUCUGGACUGGGUCAGUGUGUGGAAAAUGCUCCAGUGGCAUUUUUGGAAAACUCUCAGUGCGUGGGGAGGCUACCGUACCCACUUGAGAGUGGAUGUUAAAGAUGGAUGGGGAGGUAGAUAUUUAGUAUCACAGUUUUCUUUCUUUCUUUCCUUCCUUUCGUUAACACAACCAAACGUAAGACAAUCAACCAAAUAUUGCAACAUCAUGCAUUAUAUUUAGUGAUAUACAAUAGAUACUAUUGAAUCAGACAUA